UAUAAGUAGUCUUACAUCACAGUAAGUGUGCAUCUCGAUCACUGCAUGAACAUGGACAUUUUUGUGUGCAAAUAAUGUAAAACUCAAGUUACAACAAGUUAACUGAUUGGGACAUUUCUGCGUGAAUACACACGGGCGUUGUUUAUUUCUACAGGUGGUUAACUGGCAUCUGCUGGCUUGUGUGACAUUUAUGUGAAACUGAAAUUGCACACGCAUAUCAGACAGAUGUUGACUGCGUAAUGAGGUGCAUCAACACACACACACCCACACACACACACGCGCGCAGAUACCCACAUAUACACAUAAACCUGGCAAACUAGUGGAUUCCAGCAGAUUUGGACCCUCGAGCUCUGCUGGCGAGUAGACAGAACAAAAAGAGAGAGAAAGACAGAAGACAAGCAAGAGGGGCGUAGGGAGAAGCUGAAACAGGUAGAUUGAAAAGGAGAGUCGGAGGACAGAAAAAGCAGACAAAAAGGGAAAAGGGGGUGAGGCAGAAAUUGGACAUUGUGACACACAAGCCAUACGCAGGGGGCUGCAGUGUAGAUCAUGCAGCAGACCCCAUAUACUGUAGAACAUGCAUUUGGAGUCAGAAAUAGAAAAAGCAGGAGGCAGCAGCUGGAAGGAAUACGAGUAAGGAUUAAAGAGCGAUGAUGCUCAGAGACAGAGGUAUGUUGCUCACCCUCACAUGGUAGGAACUGGUGCAAUCUGGAGCGUUUCCAACCACCAACAGCCAGAUGUCUGGAAUUAAAGCCAAUAACAUCUGGCGGGAGGACGUGUGCUGGAUGUUUGGGUUGCAAAUGUUUUGUUUUUCCUUGAGUCAGGCGAUAAUGUGAAAUGACUCAGGAGCAGUACAUCCUGGCAGCACAGCCCAACUCCCUUCACCAUCGAGGGGCGUCGGUGUGCGGAGCCCAGGUGUACCCCGCAGUGGGAAUCUACGGCUGGAGGAAAAGAUGCUUGUACUUCUUCAUCCUCCUCCUCCUCGUCACUAUGAUUGUCAACCUGGCGCUGACCAUCUGGAUACUCAAAGUCAUGAAUUUCACACCGGAUGGAAUGGGCAAUCUGCGAGUGACCAAAGAAGGAGUGAGACUAGAAGGGGUGUCUGAAUUCCUAUUGCCUUUAUACGUCAAAGAGAUUCAAUCGCGGAGGGACAGUCCAUUAAUCAUGCAGUCUGAUAGAAAUGUGACUAUCAAUGCUCGGAAUGGCGAGGGACAACUGACUGGUCAGCUCACCGUGGGCUCAGAAAUGGUGGAGGUCCAGUGUCAGAGGUUUGAGGUGAAGAGCGCAGAUGGAGAGAGAGUCCUUUUCUCUGCAGAUGAAGAGGCGAUCAGCAUCGGCACAGAGAAACUCAGAGUGACAGGUUCUGAAGGGGUGGUGUUUAGCCAUUCGGUGCAGACGUCACAUGUGAGGGCAGAACCUUCCCAGGAUUUAAAGCUUGAGUCUCCGACUCGGACCCUAACCCUGGAGGCCCCCCGGGGCGUUGACCUCAAUGCUGGCGUUGGAGACUUCACUGCAUCCUGUAGGAAAGACCUACUGCUGCAGUCCUCAGAGGGAGAGAUCUUUCUAGAUGCAAACACCAUCCGUCUGGGCAACAUUCCACUUGGCAGUGCAGUGGACCCAUUGGAAGGGGCGGCAGCCGGUACCACUUACACCAAACAGACGGGGGUGUAUGAACUGUGUGCCUGCGCGAAUGGCAAGCUGUACCUAUCCCCGGCUGAGAAAGGAUCGACCUGCCGAGCGACUAGUAACUUUUGUCUCUGGAGCUGAAAGUAGGACGAUAAACAAAGAGCCAGAACCAAUGGACAAUUGGGGAGAAGCUAAUGCUAGCCAACAGACUGAAUCAAUGUGGAUCAUCACUGGGUGGAAUCGCUAUCGCAAGCCAGCAGACCAGAUCGUAAUGGACUGUCGCAUGGCAAGCGAAUUCAUGUUCUUUAGCAAAUCAAAUAAAAUGGAUAAAGGUUUGGUAGGAUGUUCACAGCACCAGUCAUUAUGGAAUGUGGGUUUGUGUGUUCAACCAGUUUCCAGUUAAAAGAACAGAAACUACAGGGAUGAGUGCUUGGAGAGACUCGACCAAAAGCUCCAUCACACAGUAAAAGGGAUUGGUCAGUACCAGCUGCUAAUCAACCGGAUGAACGAAUUUCAUACACAGUGAGUUAGUGUCACACUACACGUAAGGGCGUAAAUGGACAUUCACCCUAUGACAACUGUUAUGUUUUCCCAAGUACGGCGUAAGGGGUCAUCUGAGAAAAGCAAAUAUUGAAAGUGAGGUGGGUGUUCACUGAAUGACCAAAAAGUUCUAAAAAAAAAUAAACAAAAAUGGAGAUGACCACAUCCUCACCAGCAGGAACACAGACAAGAACCGUGGCUUAACCUCAGCUGAGUAACCCCCCUCUUGGGUUAGUCUAGUGGGAAGCUGGGGCUCGCUACUGGACCAAUCUAUACCGGAAAGGCCUUCCCCCUCUUAUCCCGCUGGUAUUUCCACCCAAACUAUGUAAAACCCCUCUUGGAUCAGUCACAUCACUGCACCAUAACUUACCACCAAUUGUGCUCCAACAUGUUUCUGUACAUUAUUCAAUUUUGUCAACUAAAUUCUACUUGUUGUAUCUUAACUGCAAACCAUUUCACAUUUCUUCCUUACCUUUUUCUCAUUUCUUUGUUUUAGGAAUUAUAUACCCAGAUUUUUUUUUAAGAGACAAGCUUCUGUCAAUACGCCUGUCUGAUGGUUGUGUCUACCUUGUACUGAUGGAUAUUACCAGAUACAGUGUUGUUCCGUUGGGCCAACCACAUCUUGACAACAGUUUGAUCUGUUCAGGAUUUACAUUGGACUUUAGGCAGUGGUAGCACACAAUUAGGUUCUCUGGUCCAGACCAAAGCAAAAAAAACCUCUUCACACAACAAGUUCAACACUGAUGCAUACAGUGAUCAUAGUAUUGUUUUUUGUGUUUGAUUUGUUGGUAUAUUGUAAACUACCACACAUUUAUACAUUUUGCAAGUAAAUAUAGUUUACAAGGGGGGUUAUUAGAAAUGGGCAAUCAUUUUUGAAUGCAACGCUACAGUCAAAGUUUUUUUGUUACAUUUUCAUGAUUUUGUACCAGCUUUGGCUCAAUGAAUCUAAAACAUACCAGAAUUCUCGUACAGUCGUACCAUGACCAUGUCUUCAGUCUGCUAGUUGAGUUUUUUUUUUUUUUACACCAGUGUUCAGCUGGCAGCAUCACUGUCUAAUGAUGUUCAACCAGUCGUCCAAGACGAAACCUGUGAUUCAAAACAUAUCAUGUAUCAUUUUGCUUUGGUAUAGGCCAGAGAACCAAAUUACAAGUGUGACCACAGCCUGCCUCAUUUAUUGGUACAUUACAUUUUAUUUUAAUGUAUUUUAAUUGCAGUUUUACUUCAUAUUAAGCACUGUCCCAUGUUUUAAACAUUUAGAUGUUUGUUUUCUUAAUUCCAAUAUAGCAUUUUAUGUGUGAUUCCAUAUUAACACUAACCACUUAUUUGUAUAUUAAUCUUUUGGUCAUCUGACAUUCAGUUAUACUACUUGGACAAAGGUCUUGGGACAUUUUUGUGUGCAUUAUUCACUCAAUCAGUGUUAGGACGUAUUACUUAGUUCUCCAUGAAUCCUAAUUCUUCAUUUAACGUGAUAGUUGGGGCAAUUCGAUACUUUAAACAUUGUGUGAAAAGUUUAGGCAAGGUUCUCUUCUGUUCCUUUAUAGUACUGUUGGACGAAUUGGGCCAGUCAUCCUUUGGGAUAAAGUUGGACAGAAAUUGUGAGCCUGCAGGCCCUCAGGUACAACAUAAGUGUCACAAAUGUUCUGGAUGAAUGGACUAAAAAUCUCAUAGACAAACUCCAUAUUUGCCUCAAUGUUAAUGUUAAUUCCUGAAAUGACCAGGUGUCCCAAUACCUUUAUCCAUAUCGAGAUUUGGGAAACAUGCCUCAUCCCUGCCCAACCUUUCAACAACUGUGUAAACUGUAACAAAUCUCAUGAGGGUCACAAUGUUUUGGGAUGGUUGUCAUGUUGCUGAUAGAGAACACGUAUGACUGGCCUGUGACUUGAAUACAAAGAAUAAUAAGUGUGUCACCCCCUGGAGGACUGUGGGUUGAAUGAGUAUGUGCCCAAUAGGACAAAGACCAUGAGGCUGACUGGCCAACUGACUCUGUUUUUUAAAAUAAAAUUAUGAUACACAGGUGCCUUUGCUGCUGUUGGUAAAAGCACAUCACAGUCUGGACAUUAACACUACCCUCAGUGGGCAAUCUGCAACUGUCUCUGGACAAACUAUUUAUCGACCUACCUACCGAUCUAUUUUGUUUCCUGUCUUUUCCCUCCACCUUUUCUCCUGGGUUUGUUGUGUCUCAGUAUAUCCAACAAAAAAAAGAACUAUACAAUUCUGGUUAUAAGUUGAAUUUUCUGACUUGUUCUUCAUGAUUUUACUCUUGAUAAUAAAAAGCACAAAUGAUGCCAUGUAUAUAACAAUGCCAAUAAAU